GUCAGACGUCAGGUUGAAGCUGAGGUCAAAGGUCAUCUGAGGAGCGUAGCUGGUGGACUUGAGCAGAGGUUGGUCGAGUCACAGAGUGAUCCCGAGAGAGAUCCGUUGAUCUUGUGGUUGAACGGAGGGCCCGGAUGCAGCUCCAUCGGAGGCCUUUUGACGGAGUUGGGACCGUUCCGGCCGAAUCGGGACGGCAAGACGCUGUUCGAGAAUGUGUACGCAUGGAAUAAGGUUCGUGGCCAAAUUCCGGAAUUUUUUCGCAUUCCGGUAGCGGUUUUCCGGAAUAAAUCCGUACUGGAAGAUGAGGGGGGGGCAGUAAUGGUUGACCUGAAUUGA